GAGAACAACGUGUUUGUUGUGUAUUGUUUAGUAUGAAAUAAUCAAAACACAGCUAGUAGCUACACAGAAUCAGUGCAAAUACCGAGUUUUGGUUGAUACCCCAUUGGAGGGGCCCAUUAAAUUUCAAUAUGACAGCAAGAUUUGGUCUGCUGUUCAAGCGCUACAUUCAAAUCGAGAAAAAUCUAUGGCGUCGCGUGCUGUUCGAGGCCAUUGUCAUGGUGAUUAUCAUGUUGCUGAUCCAGGGGAAUCCCAUAGCGCACACGAAGCAAUUGCUAUUCCCACGGGCCGACACCGAUCGCGAGCACAUUGUUGUCUCGCACCAGCUGGACAACAUAGACAUUCUAUCGAAUAUGGUCAGUAAGAAGCGGGAUAAAAUCAAAUACUAUUUGGCGUUCGCGCCCAAAUCGGAGAUUACCGAAAUGCUAACCCAGGGCGUGGUCGAUGAGCUGGGCUUGGUGGGGGUCCUGGGCUACACGGACGAUGCCGAUAUGCAGAAACAGUUCGAUGAGCGCACCACCCUGGCCGGCAUUGUAUUCCAUGAUUCACCGACAACAACGAUACCCAAGAGCCUCUCCAUUUCGAUACGUUUCCCCAGUGAGUUUCGCACCAUAAAACCCUUCCUCACCGAGGACCGCCUCUGGCUGACACGCUGCUCGGGCGCCGUUCGGGAGAAGCGCGACAAUGCCAUGGACUCGGAUACGAAACAGGAUCUCUAUAUACGCGAGGGUUUCCUCCAAGUGCAGCAUCACAUAUUCCUUCAAUGGUUCCACCAACUGUCCCAGCAAUAUCCCCACAAAUACACAGAGCCCGAGGUGGAGGUCUUCAAUAUACGACUUAAGGCCGCCGAUACACCCUGCUCCAUGAUGACCCUGGUCCGUAUGCCCGAAUUUCUAUACAAUUUCAUCUUUCUCCUACCAUUCUUGAAUAUAAUCAGGAAUCUUGCCGGUCAGCUGGAGGAUGGCGUUAUGGUUCAUCAGUGGCACUAUGGCUUCUCUUUCUGCACCCAGUACUCGUGUUUGUUUUUGGUUUUAAUGCUGCGUUUGAUGCUGACGGGAAUUGGGGCACUUUGUGUUUUGAUUAUAUUUUGGUCACUGGAACAAGGCAACUACACGGUUGAGGCCAUAGCGGGCACAACACUAUUCAUAUUAGUCUACUACAUUGAGCUGAUACUAACGGCCAUGGUGGUGGCCAAACUGUUUGCCAAUCCCAUAAACGGCGUGCUCUUUGGCCUGGUCAUGUGGCUGUUCACCUAUGCGGCAUUUGGCAUUAUUCUGGAUCGCUAUUGGGACGUGCACAGCUACUAUGUGUCCUUUAUAUUGGUGUCCUUCUUCAACACGCAGUUCACCUUUUGCAUGCAGCUCUUCCAUCAUGUCAUCGACUAUCCGCAGGACCUAAAAUACUACGAUUUUGUCGUGCUGGCUGUCUCGGCAGUGGGCUGCAUGAUCAUCUAUCUGCUGGCGUUCAUUCUGGUGCAGUGCCGCGCCCCCGGCCGUCUGCUGAGUCGCCGUGUGCUGCGCAAUAAGCCGCGCGUGGACAAGCCCAAAUCGGAGGCCGCUACCAUGUACGUGGGCCGGUCGCCCAGUUGGCAUAACUUUGAGUUUGUCGACGCCGGCAGUGAGGAGAUGAUGCGACUGAAGCACGUGAGCACCUCCCAUCGCGAGUCCGAGCAGAAGAUACUCAAGAACAUCUCGAUGCGCGUGUACAGGGGCGAAAUUCUGGUCAUACUCGGCCACAUUGGCUCCGGCAAGCUGACCCUCAUGCGCCUGAUUGCCGGCCUGAAGUUCCCGCUGCGCGGAACUGUCUCGGUGCUGGGCAGCAGCUACACGCCGAAGGGUACGACGCGCCGCCUGGUCGACUUUCGCUUCGACGAGCACGGCCUGUGCCGCCAUUUGACCGUCCAGCAGACCAUCGAGUAUCAUGUGCGGCUGAAGCUGCAGCGCAACGACGAGGAUCGCUUCAAGAUCGAGAAGCGCAAGUGGCUGACCAUUCUCGACCAGCACAUCGAGAGCCGCAACACAAAGAUUGGCCAGCUCGGCUACGCCAGCAGCCGGCUGGUGGCCCUCUGCUGCUGCCUGGCCGGCAACACACAGAUCGUGAUCCUCGAGGAGCCCACGCUGAGGCUGACGGGCAGCGAGGCGCAGAGCUUUUGGGCGAUUGUCAACCAGGAGAAGGAGACGCGCGCCUUUGUGGUGGCCACCUACAGUGUCGGCGAGGCGGAGCAUGUGGCCGAUCGCGUGGCCAUACUCAAUCUGGGCGUACUGGAGGCCAGCGGCACGCCCUUCUUUCUGCGCUCCAAGUUCAUUGGCACACUGGACAUGGUGGUGACCAAGAAGCCGCAUGUGCCCGCCGAACCCAUUACGGACUUCAUCAAUCAGUUCCUGACGCGCGUCCAGCCGGACAACGAAAUUGGCGACACACUGACCUACCGGCUGCCCGUAUCGAGUCGGCCGCGCCUCCAGAAGCUCUGCCUGCACCUGGAGUCGGAUCGGAAUCGGCUGGGCAUCGACUACUUUCGCAUUGUGGGCACCGAACUCUCCGACACGUACAUGAAGCUGGUCAAGUCGUUCCGCUUGCAAAAGCAAAUGAUACCGGAUGUCACACAAACCUUCAAGUAUCAGGUGGUGUCCCAGAAGCAGCUCAGACGCCAGCGCAUACGCGCCAUGCUGUACAAGAAGAUGAUACACUCGGCGCCCAAUAUCUGGCCCAUUAUCAUGAUCUUCACCAGCUUCAUACUGAUAGCCAUCAUUGCCAAGCUGUCGGUGCUGCUGGACGUGCCCGAGGUGCGCUCGAAUAACAUACAGAUUGGCUUCACCAGCGCCGCAGAUGUCAAGAGCAUGCCGGAUAUCAAGGGCUGUGGCUAUGUGGACAUACAGCCGCUGACCAAGACGCAUCACUACAAGCGGCAGGGCCACAUGAUGAGCUCCUUUGCAUCGACGUCGUUCAAGUGCGAGAAGGGUCGCUAUCGCGACGAUCUCAAGAAGAUCAACGAACUGAAGAGUUUGGGCGCCAUCGAGCAGGAUGGCGAUCAGAUAAUGAAUGGCUACAUCACACAGGACAUACUCCACUCGGCCCCAAUGACGCUCAAUCUGCUGCACAAUACGAUGCUCAAAUUGGCCUAUCCCGAUGACAAGGAACAUUUCGCUUUGGUCAGCAAUCAUCCGCUGCCCACACAGCUGAGCAUGAAGAUCAACCUGAUCGACAAUAAGAUAGCCCACAUGAACGCGCCCCUGGCACUGGGCUGCAUCCUGCCGCUGGCCGUCUCCGUCUUCAUAAUACCCAUUGUCGAGGAGAAUAUCUAUCAGCUGAGAAUACUGCAGGUGAUAGCCGGCCUGGGCAUGCCCAUCUAUUGGGGCGUCAAUCUGUUCUGGGACCUGUUCACGUACCUCAUCUAUUCGGUGAUUAUUGUGGUAAUUAUGGGCGUGAUGGGCAUCGGUGGCUUCGGUUCGUAUGAGAAUUUCCUAAUACUGGUGCUGAUGGGUCUCUAUGGCUUUGCCGCCCUCACCCACACCUAUGUGCUGUCGUUCUAUGUGAAUACGUCGCGUAUACGUGCGUUUCUCGCCUCGCUACUGCUGCACGGCCUCACCGGCAUCGUCCUCUAUAUAUUCUAUUGGGAUGUGGCCAAUAGCAAUGACAUUUUCUUCUAUGGCGCCUGCCUCUUUCCGGGCUUCUCAAUGCUCGACGGCAUUAGCAAUAUUUACACACAGUGCCUCGAGGAGAUGCUGUGCAAGGACAAGUGCGAAAAGACGCCCACCUGCACCAUGGAGAAUAUGGGCGAGAUUGUGCCCAAUUGUGAAUCUCACACGUAUUUCACUUGGAGUUCACCGGGCAUUAUGCCAGCCAUUAUCCAUAUGCUGGUGUCCGGACUGCUGGGCGGCCUGCUCAUCUUUUGGAUUGAGUUGCAUCGCAGGGAGAAGAAAUACCAUUCAUCCAGAGACUUGCAUGAUCUGCGCACUGCCACAUAUCCGUUCGACGAUGCCGAUAUGGCCGAUGUGAAGCUGAAGAUAGCCGAAUCCGAUAUGACCAAGUGCAAGCAGUCUGUGUUUCUGGUCGAUCAGGUGGAGGCCAAGCUGCCGGUGACGGGCACGCGGGUGAACACCGUCUCGUUUGCGCUCAACAAGUACAUGAGCAUGGGCAUCUAUGGGCGCAGGAAUUCGGGCAAGAGCCACUUGAUACGGCAGCUGGUGGGCAUCGAUGGGUUCGCCUUUGGCGAGAUCUAUGUGCGUGGGCUGGACUUCAAGAUGGACACCGACAAGAUACGCACCUACAUGGGCUACUGUCCGCAGCAUUCGGGCCUGCUGAUGGAGCUGACGCCGCGCGAGCACAUCCGUCUGCUGUGCAUGAUACGCGGCGUGCCGGAGCCAAAGAUCAGCGAGAAGAUGCACGAUCUGUGCCUCAUGCUGAACAUGACCGGCUGGAUGCAUCGCAAGUGCGGCAGCCUUACGGCCGAAAAGCUGCGCAAACUGAAUGUGGCCCUCGCCCUGGUGGCCCACAACAAGGUGCUCGUCCUGGACGAGCCCACAUGCGGUCUACCGGGCACCACACGCGACGAGAUCUGGAAUAUAUUGCGCUACAUACGGCACUGCGGCAAGACGGUGAUAUUCGCCACCAACGAUGAGCUCGAAUGCAAGAAGCUCGGCGACUUCAUUAUACUGCUGCACGACUCCGAGAUGGUGUCCCUGGGCAGCCUGCAGUAUCUGCGCUUCAAGUACAGCACGGGCUUCUACUUGGAGGUGCGACUCAUCCGCGAUGGCAAGACUGUGGCCGAAACCCAGGAGCAUUUGCGCAAAGAUAUGGAAAACUUGGCCAGAUUUGUUAACUUUUUGCAUGACAAAUCGGAAUUGGUAUCCCAUGCAAAUCAUUGGCUUAAAUACUAUGUGCCAGUGGGCGAUAUUGUCUAUUCGUAUUUGUAUGGCAGCUUGGAGAAGAACAAGAUGCGUCUGAACAUCCAGGACUAUUGCAUUUAUCAGGCGGAUGUCAACAGUGUGGUCGAGCAGGUCCAUGAGAUGCGUUCGGAGCUGAAGCGUCGCAUUGGCUCGAGCGGGCAAUUGCAACGUUUCUCCAAUACUGCGGGCAAGAGCAAACACAAGAAAUAACCAAACGAAAACAUAAAUCACGCACACAAAACUUGAACUUUAAGUUGUGGGAAAAUUGGGUCAAAAUCAAAGCAUUCCCAUCCUUGAAUUUACCUACAAAAUACCUCCCACCUCCUAUACACACAUAUAUAUAUAUAUUUUAGAAGCCAUUGUCCUUAGACAUUGUCCGGCUGUCAAUUAUUAACGAUUUUUCCGUGCGAACGCACGUGUCUGGCUGCAUAAUUAAACAUGUGACUGGGAAUUGCUACCAGCCAUACUAUCGCCAUGUGGCCAGAGAGCCCCAGCCCGCCUACGACCACCGACCACCCCAUUUUCAUUUACAAGUUUAAUAAAUAUUUCAUUACGAAAAAGGACAAAUCAACUUGUUU